GAAAGGGGAAAUUUUUGUAAGGGUUGGCAAUACUACGUAUUGUCAAGCUGUCACUGUCAUGUCAAAAUAAAUGUCAAACUAAAAAGAAAGGAACACGGGACCGAACCAGCCGAGUUUGAGUCUUUCUAUUUUCUAUUCUAUUUUAUUUAAUAAAAUUAAUGUCGUAUAAUUGAAGCGAAACACAAAACGGAAUCAUGAGGGAAAAUAUAAUAGAAUAUUUGAACGACCCUUUGCUAGUAGUAAAGGUGCAAAACUUCUUCGGCGUUAUAUACAAAAAGCAUGUGGAAAAUAAUGAAUCAUCUGUGAUACAUUCAGAGCAUUUAGAGCGACUAGAUGAAGAAAACGACUUGAAACAGCAUAAACGGAUACCGAGCAAUACUUCUAGCAGUUCCCAAUCGUCGUAUGAGACUGAUUCUUCCGUGGAAAAAGAGGAAAUUGAGUGUACUAUAAGCAAUAAGUUCUGGUACUAUCUGUUCGUGAUAGGAACAGCUCUUGGAGAUGAGAUAUUUUAUGCGACAUUCAUUCCGUUUUGGUUUUGGAAUGUGGAUGGUGCUGUCGGCAGAAGAGUGGUGCUUGUUUGGACUGUUGUUAUGUAUAUAGGCCAAGGUUUCAAAGACAUAAUACGCUGGCCUCGACCAGGCUAUCCAGUUAAAAAGUUACAAACAAAAUGGGCCAUAGAGUAUGGAAUGCCUUCCACCCACGCCAUGGUCGGUGUGUCUAUACCAUUCUCCGUACUACUGUACACAAUGGACCGGUAUCAAUACCCGGUACACUGGGGGCUGAUCAUAGCUGUUGCGUGGUGCUCGCUGAUAUGCGUCAGUAGAGUGUACCUCGGCAUGCAUAGUGUUUUGGACAUUGCAGCAGGUUUGCUGCUGUCAUCGGCCCUCUUAGUUGUGCUAAUUCCCGUAGUGGACUGGUUGGACGGAGUACUGCUCACCUCGCACUGCUCACCAGCUCUAGUCAUUGCUGUCUCCAUACUGGUUAUAGUGUUCCAUCCUAAUGCUGACAAAUGGACGCCCACUAGAGGUGACACUACGAUGAUAGUAAGCGUAUGCGCCGGCAUCCUUACCGGAUCAUGGACGAAUUACCAACUAGGCAACAUGGCGCCCAGCGAUUCAAAUCCGCCAUACGAAAUCAUAUGGCCCUCCAUAGACAUGAUCGGAUGCACCAUACUUCGCACCAUACUCGGCUUUUGUGGAGUUCUAGCUACCAGAGCUAUUGGUAAAUCUAUAUCGUACGCAUUCGUUUGCGCCCUCCUAGGCAAAGACAAGAACGAGUUGAGAAACUCAGAAAAUAGUCUGGACAAUAAGAAUAAGAUUAUCGUGGAGCUUAGUUACAAGUAUUUCACGUAUGGAAUGAUAGGUUUUAAUACAACGUAUGUGUUCCCCAAUGUUUUCGAUCUGUUGUUCAUUAACAGACCUACGUAUUAUACGGAGAUAUGAUAGUAUAUAUGAGGUUGUGAUGUGUGAACCAUGAUGUGAGUGAUGAUUUGUGCUGUGCACCAUUAGAAAAAAGAAUAGGACCACUCCAUCUUUCCCAUGGAUGUCGUAAGAGGCGACUAUGGGAUAGGCUUAUUAACUUGGGAUUCUUCUUUUAGGCGAUGGGCUAGCAACCUGUCACUAUUUGAAUCUCAAUUCUAUCAUAAAGCCAAACAGCUGAAUGUGGCCUAUCAGUCUUUUCAAGCUCUGUCUACCCCGCAAGAAAUAUAGACGUGAUUAUAUGUAUGUAUGUAUGAAUGAUGAUACUCGUAUGUGAGGGUUAUUUGUUAGUAUUGGAUGUCAGUUCGGGAACUUUGUUACAACAAAUUUGAAGACCUAUGUCCACUAGAAGGCAAACUAGGUUUAUGGUAUAUAACUACAUACAUAUGUAAGUAUGUAGCGUCUUAAAAAAAAAGUUUACAAACAAACUUAACAUCCAUAUCAUAUCACUCUAUUUAAUAUACUUCUUAUUUCGUAUAUUUUGUCAUAAAGUUUAUGUAUAAAAAUGUUUAUUACUAAAACUAAAUUAGAAAUCCCACCAAAAAUUUUUCAUAGUGCACCGCUUAUUUAAAAAGAGGCUUAUUUAUAAUGUAGUUACUAUGUUACGAUAUGACAUGACAUAGAAUCUACCAUGUUAUCGUUAUCGCGCAUUGUUAAGCCAAAUUGAUCUUUGAAUCUUGACCUGGGCCGGAUUAAGGCACCUAUUUCCCACACGGGCCCCACAAAAUAGAGAUAGUCAUAUAGUUAAAUAGAUGGAUUCUUUUAAUAGGUAGGUGUUUUAUGUCCAUGUUAUACUUUGUAAUUUACCGAUUGUUUGAUUAGAGCGAUAUGUUAUUAGGCAACACAGGACGCUUCAGAAGGCACGUUAAGAUAAUAUAUAUAUAUAUAUAUAUCUGUAAAAAUAAUAUAAUGUGUUAGUUUUAUAUGUUACUAACGCCCCGCCCCGGCCUCGCACGAGUUGCAAUUAUACAUAUAGGUAUAGACCUUUCUUUUGAAUCACUCUAUCUAUUUAAAAAAACACUGCAUCUAAAUCCGUCGUGUAGUUUUAAAGAUUUAAGCAUACAUACAGAGGGACAUUUUUUAUUAAAAGACAAAAAGUAAGAUAUAUAAGGGGCACUGCCCUCGUAGAAUCUAUAUAUAUAUCUAAUCUAUCGCUAUUUCGCUUUUUAUUAUGACGUGAAACGGGAUAGCGAUAGUUUUCGCGCGAUCAAAAUGGUGUCGCGCGUAAUAUUUAUAUCUUACUUUCUGUAAUAAAAAAUGGGCUGAUCCCAAUUCGGAGGGAAUUCGACCCUGGUUAAUGUUGCUUUAAAGGACAAAAUAGUAAAAUAAACUCUAUUGCGACAUUAAAUAACUGAUAAGAUUGUUUCUUUAUCAGACGUACCUACAUUCCAAUGAGAUAUUUCUUAAUAUUAUUCCUUUAUCAAUUAUAUCAAGGACACUGUAGAAAAAACGAAAACCAUAGGCUGUAUUAUUAUCAAAUCAAGUAGUCGUUUUCUUUUUUUAAAAGUAUAAGUACCUAUUGUGAACACGUCCUAUUUUGCUUAACUAGUAAUAUAUUUUACGUUAAAUAGACAUGUAUCAGACCAGUCUUAAGGCCUUUCUCAUUACAACACGCUUAAAAACAAAGAUUUUGAAGUGAGGAAUGGACAUAACCUGAAAAAUUAUCAUUUCUUUUAACAAUAACCGAUUUCGAGAAAUUGACCUGAUUGGCUCUUGUAUUAUAGAUUGGAGAUUGUUCAUUAGCCCAUUAAAUGUUUUUUGUUUGAUUUUAUCAUAAAUCUUAGGGCCAAAGACAAUUAUCAUAUUUUAUCAAUUAGAUUAAAAUUCGUUUUAAGAAAAAAAAAAUCCUCGUUCUGCAUUGUCUUUUCACAUAUUAUAGAAAGGGAUAGCAGUAUCAUUUACAACCACUCUUCUUUCUCCUGGCUUUAGUCCGGUUACAUUCUCACCGCUCUGGAGAGGAGCCGGGGGUAUCCUCUUGACCGUGGAUCCUGCAUUGGGCGAGUUAGUCAGUCAGACACGAAGCAACUCUCGUCUGACGUCCGCAACCUUUGCAGGGGAACCUAACCCAUAUUGGAUCCAUGGUUACACAGUUCAUGAAGGUUUCUCUCACCGUAAGAGCAUAGGAAACUUAUUUGCCGCCUAAUAAAAGGUAUCGUUUUCUUUACGAGAAACAAUUAAAGUAUUUAAACAUU